AUGUGGGCAUUCUCGGCAGCCGCAGCCGGCUGGCCAAGCUCGCGAAACGCUUCUAAGCCCGACGUCCUUCUCGCGGACCAAAUUCUGUUUGCAUUAAAACCGGGCUCCUCUGACGACUUGACUUGGUACCAGCGCUGCCCAUGUCUGGCACAACUGGAACUGCUGUGGCGAGCACGAGGUGUCUCUGAGUUGAUGCUGUCUGAGAUCCCGACAGCACGUCCCCUUUUGCUCCGAGCUAUCCACCAGAUUCUUCUCGCACAGCGCCUUCUGGCCACAUAUCCAAUGCACACGGGAAGCUUGAAGAUGGAGACAGAUCCAUGCACCCUGUAUCUUUCGGCGCCCUUGGCCCGAGUUCGUGCCCUCCUUUUGGACGCAGGUGCAGCGUUGCCGACUGAUGACACACUGGAAGGGCACUCUUUGCGACUGCACCGAAUUCAUGGCGAUGGCGCCAGCGGGAUGAAGACGGACUUUGGAUUGGAGCAUGUUUCAGUUGGCGCUGUGGAUCUUUGGGAGGCAGAAACUGAAGCAUUGCGGCUGGCCUACAUGCCCUUCAAGCCAUUUGGCAAUGGCGUGCUGAAGAUGCUCAGGCUCUGGCGUGCCUUGGAGAGCUUGUUGCAAGGCAAAGGCUCUUGGAGCCUUGCACGGACGGUCAUUGCAAGCCCUGGAUGGGUACAGACGGUGGAAACGGGACAGGGCCGCCUGGAGCUGCCAAAGGCCUCGGAAGCAUCGGAAGCCUCAGACUGCCAGCGCUUGCGAGAAGAGCUGCUGCAGGCCAAGCAUAGGGCUUUUGCAGAUGCUACGAAGGUGUUCGCAGACUUUCAGAAACGUUGCGCGGUCGAUGAAUUUGGGAUGCCCCUUGCGCCACUUCUGCUCUGGAAAAACAGUCAAUGCAUGACUGGGAAUCACCUUCUAAGCUUGGUGUCAUCAGUUUUGCUCGCCAUGCUGCUGGGUCGUGGUUUUCGGUUUCGUGCCCAGGACUUUCCGGGCUCGCACAUGUGGUGCCCGCAAGUGCUUUCCGGCACAAUUUGCUCUUGGGCGCUGCACGCGUCUGCCUUCGACAACAUCACUGCAACUGUAGAGUACGAAUUCACCGUGAAUCCAGACUGCGACGCUUUGAUCGACCGACUGAGUGGUUUCCCAGCCUUGUCCAACCAGGCCGAGAUGGAGUCCAACACAGAACCCCGCCCCCGGCACGUCCUGUUGAGGGAUCAAUGCCAGUACUUCGUCCCAGCACUUUUUCGAAACGCAGCCCUGCGGCCGGCCUUGGAGCGGUGGUUCCGAAAGGAACCAAGUACAAGGCAGCAGUACGUGGGCAUUUUCAAGCGCGUUGCCGGCUGGCUCUUUGGCUCCCUGGCUCCGCAUCUGGAGCGCCGUGUGGCUUCCUUCUUGGCUGCGCACCACCUCGGCGACUUCUCACCUGCGCGUUUUGAUGCAGAUGCAAAGCAGGCACCUCUGCAUGUCUGCGCACAGAACAGGUUCCCGCAAGGUGCAGGAUGGUGGACGCGAUGCAUCCAGAAGCUCUCAGAGAACAGAUCCGGUGCCCAAAUCUUUGCUGCCACAAUUGAGCACGAGUUUGCCCGUCAGAUGGUGGAGAACUUCGGGACCCACAACUUCACACUGGCGACGGCGACAUGGAAGAAGCGACCCAAUGACGUCCCUCAUGUAUUCACGGCGUUCAUCGACCUUUGGCUGCUAGGCCGUGCGUGCAGUGUGGCUGUAACCACAGCACACUCCACGUUCGGCUACGUUGGACCUGCUCUGUUCGGCAUUCCCAGGAUCUCGGGCCCAGGCAUCGCCGGCGGCGCUUUCUACGGUGGAAUAGAGGCAUCUCGAGCUGCCGAAUUACAAGGAUUGUCGGCCUGCAGCUUUCAGGAGCUGGCGAACGCAAUGCAGCAGGAUCCGGCAGACCAUGUGCGGCUAUUCGCUUACGAGCCUUGUGCGCAUUUUCUUCGACAUGACUGGGGCAAGCAUCCUCCUCAUUGCCCUGUGCCGACAUUGGACGGGCUGCCUGAGAUUCCGGAAGAGUUGCUUCCUUCUUCAUGCUGA